CUUGCGCACAUAAGUGGAUCAUUCUCUUUCUCGUUCUAGGGUUUCGUCGAUCAUAGAUUUGCCCGGGCAAUUUACGGCUUAUCUUCGAUCCUCUUCUAUCUCCGGUCCCCUUGAAAACCUUCCGAUCGAUUGGCGUUCUGAUGGCGGUCGGUUUGUUUCGCAAUUUCUUAAUGUCUCGAACGAUCACAGAUACAAAGAAACGCUCGCAUUUUUCGUUUCGGGUUCUUUCGAAUUAGUCUCCCGCUUCGAGCUGAUUUGUUGGCCUGUUUCUCCGAAAUUUAUAAGGCUGGGGAGGAUUCGAGCGCGCGAGGGACAGAUAGGGAUGAGCGGAAAUCCUAACCCACCUACUGACGUGGAGCCGUCGGGCGCCUCCGGCUUCUCGAGCCACAACCUUUACAACCCGUCAGGCAUUGCAGCAGUACCACGACGCGGAUCACAGCAGCGGCAGCCAUGUCAUAGAAGAGGAUGGGGCUGGAUCUGGGGCCGUGGAGAACCAGGGAAUGGAGAUGGAGCUGCCGUCUGAUCCGAGCCAUCUGGGUGAUGCCCAAGGUCUGAUGGCGUCCCAACUGGGCGGUAAUCAGUUGACGCUUUCCCUCCAAGGCGAAGUCUUUGUUUUCGAUUCCGUUUUCCCUGAAAAGGUUCAAGCCGUGCUUUUGUUGCUGGGCGGCCGGGCGUGGAGUUGUACAAGCAAAACUUCUGGGGGUCAAUUUACAUCAUCCAAAACAAAAACUGAAGAUGCUAUGGGCGGUGCUGCCACUUCUGAUGCAAACCAAAAUUGGGUUUCUCUAGACAAUAAGACCCCGGCCGCAUCUGUAUGUCAUCACUGUGGCAUCAGCGCAAAGUCUACACCAAUGAUGCGCCGUGGGCCUGAUGGACCAAGGACCUUAUGUAAUGCAUGUGGACUUCUGUGGGCUAACAAGGGAACAAUGAGGUAUCUCGCGAAAAAUCCAUCCCCAGCUAUUCCAAAUGCCUUGCCAGCACAAAAAGAAGGGAACAACUCUGCCAACUUGGAGUUAUCGCAGCCAAUGGCCAUGACACAUCAUGAGAAGAGUGCUGUGCUUGUGGAAAUAACAGGGUGGCACAGCCAUGCUUGGCCUCGCCGGAUUGUGUAAUGCUAUCCAACAUGUAUGUACCAUAGUCUGGCUUCUAGAUCAAAAUCAUUGCAACCUUGCUAUAUGACAUUCUUAUGAACGAGGAGAUUUUUUUUGGGGGUGGGGGGGGUUGACCUAGUGCCGUCAUUUUUACAUGAUUCAUCCCAAUUCCCUUCCUACAAACAUGGUUGAUCGCAGAGUUGCGGCUGGCCCCCCAUUCUUGUUCCUUUUUUGUUUAUUGGGUUGGUUCAGAUUUUGCAUUGCAGGUCAUAUCAGUGCCCUUUCACUAUCAUCCUUCACCUUCUCCAAGAGAUUGAUUGAUUUUUACAAAUAUAUAUUCCCUUUGUGGAGUCA